GUGAAAGAAAAAGCCAGCACCCUUGUACAUCUCUCUCUCUCUCUCUCUCUCUCUCUUCCUCUUCUUCUCCAUCUUUGCUGUGCAGAUCUUGAACCGGAGGGGCGAAAUCUGCAUCAAGAAUGGAGCCUUCCUUGCGCUCCACCGACGGCUUCAUGUCCAAGCUCGGUGGAAUCGCGGUCUUGCUCCUGUUGUUGCUCUCUUGCUCCUCUUUCCCAUCCACUGAAGCGUACGAUGCACUUGAUCCUAAUGGGAACAUCACAAUCAAGUGGGACGUAAUGAGCUGGACUCCCGAUGGUUACGUGGCUGUUGUCACAAUGUUCAACUUCCAACAAUAUCGCCAUAUACAAGCUCCGGGAUGGACAUUGGGGUGGACGUGGGCAAAGAAGGAAGUUAUAUGGAGCAUGAUGGGCAGUCAGACCACAGAGCAAGGUGAUUGCUCGAAAUACAAAGGGAACACCCCUCAUUGCUGUAAGAAGGACCCGACAGUCGUCGACCUGUUGCCAGGAACUCCUUACAAUCAGCAGAUAGCAAAUUGUUGCAAAGGUGGAGUUAUAAAUUCGUGGGUCCAGGACCCAGCAAAUGCGGCAAGUUCAUUUCAGGUCAGUGUAGGAUCUGCUGGAACAACUAACAAGACCGUGAGGCUUCCCAAAAACUUUACACUGAAAGCACCGGGACCAGGAUAUACUUGUGGACCCGCAAAGAUUGUCAGACCGACUAAAUUUGUCUCUGCUGACAAAAGGCGAACGACCCAAGCUUUAAUGACGUGGAAUGUUACUUGUACAUAUUCGCAAUUCUUAGCUCAAAAGACUCCAACCUGCUGUGUCUCUCUCUCCUCGUUCUACAAUGACACAAUAGUAAAUUGCCCUACUUGCACUUGCGGCUGUCAAAACAAUGCAACAGAUACCGGCGGCUGCGUAGAGGCAAAUUCUCCGCACUUGGCUCAAGUUGUAUCUAACUCGGGAAAGUCUGGCAGCAAUGCACCGCUAGUCCAGUGUACUAGCCAUAUGUGUCCAAUUCGAGUCCAUUGGCAUGUGAAGCUCAAUUACAAGGAGUAUUGGCGGGUGAAGAUCACGAUCACAAAUUUCAACUAUAGAAUGAACUACACCCAGUGGAAUCUCGUUGUUCAGCACCCCAACUUCGAUAAUCUCACCCAAGUUUUCAGCUUCAACUACAAGGCACUGACUCCCUAUGCAGGAUUAAAUGAUACUGCGAUGUUAUGGGGAGUCAAGUUCUACAAUGAUUUUCUCAAUGAAGCUGGGCCAUAUGGGAAUGUGCAGUCCGAGCUAUUAUUCCGAAAGGACCAAUCCACCUUUACAUUUGAAAAGGGAUGGGCUUUUCCUCGGAGGAUUUAUUUCAAUGGCGAUAACUGUGUGAUGCCGCCUCCGGAUGCCUACCCAUGGUUGCCAAAUGCCAGUCCUCGGCCAAUUUUGCCUGGACUUUUCACGUUCAUACCAAUUGUGGCAUCUACUCUGUUGUUUUUGGCUUUCGUGUGAGGACCCCAGGGACAAACUGCUAAAAUGGCUGCUCUGCUAUUCCUAUCAGGUUUACACCAAACCACAACAGGGUUAUAGCAUGAUUUGUCCAUGCAAUUGUAACACGUUCUUGUGACAAUAGCAGGUGCGAGUAGAGACGGAAACAGGGUGCUAUAGAAUCUACUACUGCGAGGUCCCUGCCACUUAGCUUAUUUAUACAUCCGGUGAUAGAAUCAUUUGUAAUCUCCUUCUGAAUAAUCUUUUGCUAUGUUAUACUGUUAUUUAUGUGGAUCAAUGUAUGUUAAGAGUA